AUGGCCAGCGUUGCCGCUGCCGGCUGGGAAGACGCCAUUGACGUCGACGACUCCGACCUACCAUCGCUCCUCUCCCCACCACCACCCCCUCCUCCUCCUCCUCUAACCAACCCCUCCCUUCCUUCCCUUCGCGCUUGCUCCCAACCCGCACGCCCUUCCUCUCAUUCCCAACCCCCGGAUAACGCCGCUCCUCAAUUGAAGGCGAGAUCGGAGACACGGAAACUCAUCCCUGGUCCAGCCGGCGCCGUCCAGGCCGCCAUGCUCCGUCGAUCCGCCUCUCCGGCUGUGCCGCCCUCCAGAACUGGCCUUCGUCCCGAGACCGAAGUCGGGGUUGAUUUCAGGCCGGAUCUGGACGAAGAUGAUGAGGACUUCAAGAUGAAUCCAUGGCUGUCUGCCCUGAACUUUCUCGGUGAGGGCAUUGUCACGCUUCUUCGGUGUCAAUUGGAUCGAUCAAAAAGCUGUGAAAGUGAUUUCGAGAGAUUUCCGCAGGUAUCAGGGAUCGUGAAGUCUUGCACGCCCAACGGAUUGGGGGAUUUGUUCAUAACUUUGAAGGAUCCGACUGGUACGAUUGAUGCUUCCGUCCAUCGGACAGUUAUUGAAAGCCGGAAACUUGGUGGUGGCAUAUCUGUUGGGUGUGUCCUUAUCUUGAAGCAGGUCUUACAUCUUCCACCUGUAGUGCUAAAAUUUUCAUUAGUUGAUGAUUUUGAUUGCUGCUACUUUUUCCCAAUAAAUUCAUAUAGACUUGGAGUGGGUGUGUGA